GUCUUCUUCUUACUUCGUGUGCAUUCCACCCUUCUCCGGCUGCUCAAAAGUCACCGUCGCCUGAACGCAGGUUAUUUGAUUCAAAUUUUGUUAGAGUGCUGCUACAACAGUUUGGAUACUUAUAUUUCUGAUUUCCGUAAUGGCUGCGAGAAUCCUUGCAAACAUAAUUAUUAUGGGUUCUGGAAUAAUGGCAAGGGCCUUUGCCCAGGCAUAUCGCCAAGCUCUCACAAAUGCAUCAAAAAAUGGUGUUGCUCAAGAAGCAGUACAGAACAUUAGAAGAGCAAGCAAAACUAUGACAGAGGUGGAGGCUAGGCAAGUUCUUGGGGUUGCAGAGCAUUCAUCAUGGGAAGACGUGUUGCAGAAAUAUGACAACUUGUUUGAGAGUAAUGCUAAAAAUGGAAGUUUUUAUCUACAAUCAAAAGUUCAUAGAGCGAAGGAAUGCUUAGAAUCUCUUUACCAAAGUAAAGCAGAGGGCCCAAAUUAGUUCUUUGAAGUUCCUGCAGCAUUGCAGCUAGAGACAUUCUGGGCUCUUGUAAGGAGUAUUUUUAGUAGAGGGUAAUUGCGUUCUACCACCAGAUGUUCUCCUGCUAUGUUACAUACAUAUUCAAUCCUCAAUUUUGGCCUGUUGGAGAGAAGCACUUAAAUUAAUCAUUCGUGCAGUUUGCAUCACUCUGCCUUUUCUGUCAUUUUGCUUAGAAGCACGCUUCAUUAUUGUUUCAUGCGUUUGUACGGUUACCACAGAUUUGAUGGAAGAGGGUCGUGAAAUUGAAAGUUCGGAAUGCAAUA